AUGGCACCAAAGGCAGCUUCCAAGACCCCAACCACCGCCGGCAAGGCACCUGCGGGCAAGGCACCCGCUGAGAAGAAGGAGGCCGGCAAGAAGACCGCCGCGCCAUCUGGCGAGAAGAAGAAGCGCACCAAGACCCGCAAGGAGACCUACAGCUCGUACAUCUACAAGGUUCUCAAGCAGGUCCACCCAGACACCGGUAUCUCCAACCGUGCCAUGUCUAUCCUGAACUCUUUCGUCAACGACAUCUUCGAGCGCGUCGCCACCGAGGCAUCCAAGCUCGCCGCAUACAACAAGAAGUCCACCAUCUCUUCGCGCGAAAUCCAGACAUCUGUGAGGCUUAUUCUGCCCGGUGAGCUGGCCAAGCACGCCGUGUCUGAGGGAACCAAGGCGGUGACCAAGUACUCUUCUUCCACCAAGUAA